AUGAUAAUAAUAAUCUAUUUGCUCUCUGCUUUUUAUACUUAGGAAAUAAGACAAAAAUAAUGCUUAGUAUCUCGACCUGACAUAAAGACUUGCUUUGAAUAAACAAAACAAUUUUUUUGUAUUUAAAUCAACUAUAAUAAUAGGUGGCUUUGACUAAUACUUUAACUCUUGUAUUCCUAUCUUAGAUACUAAUAAUGGAUGUGACUCGAAAUUAAAUGAAAAAGCUUGCAUAAGUUAAAUAAGUAAUAAACAAGGAGAAGAAUGUUAAUGUAUUUGAAACAGUUAAUAAUUUAGGUGUUUUUGACACAAGAUGCAAAAAUAUUUCAAAACAUUAAUUAUCUAAGAUUGAAUGUAUUGGAAAUAUUAGUAAAUAUGCUUGCCUGAAUAUAAGUAACCAUAGAUGCUAUUGGGAUUCAUUUUGUAAAGAAAUCUUAACAGAAUAAAUUCGAGGUUUAUCAUGUGAAGAAUAAUAUGAUCUUCCAGUCAACCCUUUAGCUUGUUCAACAUUAUAAAAUUUGGAAUGUAUUAAAUUAUUGAAAAAUUAAAGGUAUGAAUACAGGAUAGACUGGAGAUUUUAAAUGCAUAAAAAUAUAACAAAACAAUUAUUCAACAUUAAAAUGUUCAUAAUUAGGGUUGACGGAGUUGGCUUGCAUAAAAAUACAAACACCUGGAGAAAAAUGUAUUUGAAAAUUUAAUUUAGGUAUUUAUAAAAAUCGAGUUUGUCAACCUAUCUAGAACAAUGAAAUUGUAAAUUGCAAAUAAAAAAUCAAUAAAUUGGCUUGUCUUUCAAUAGAAAAUCCUAAUUUAAAUUGUUAGUGGAUAAAUGAUAAUUGUUAAGAAUUUUAAUUUACAAACAAAAUAUUUGAAAUUGUAUCAGAUGUUAACAAAAAUGUUUGUAUUAAACUUUAAGGAUCUUAUAAAUAUGUGAGAGAAAAAUUCUAAUGUGAAAUAAUUCCAUUAGAAAAUCAUUAUUCAAUCAAAAUGCAUGUUUAUAAUAAACUAUAUCAUAAUGUUAUUGGGAUAUAAAUGUACAAACUAAUGAAUAAAAUUAAAUACCAUUAGGAAUAUGUAAAUAAUUUGAUGGACAAUAAAAUAAAUUUGAUUGUUUAAAUAUUUUAAGUUUUCAAUCAUGUUUGAAUAUAAAUAAAGAAAAAACAUAUUGUUAUUGGAAGGAUGGAUAUUGUUAAAAAGUCAUAGAUGAUAAUCUAAAUAUUGAAAAUUUUUCAAAAAUUUAGUAUGUUAAUAAAAAUACCUGUUAAUUAAUCACAAUUAUUUAAUUUAUUUAUGACUAAACACUUUAUAAAUGUGUAAAAAAUAAAAAUUUAUCUAAUCAAUGUACUUGGAACAUUUAAAAGCAAAUUUGUAUGAAUCCAACAAAUGAUUAAUUAUAAACUUCAGUAUAGAAUGCUAAUCAAAGUUCUUAAGAUACUAAUAAUUCAUUAGGCUCUAUAGUGGUUUAAGUAUAACCUUGUGGGAUUAUAGAUGAAAUUUGUUAGAUUAUUGAUUUAAAUAUAGUGAAAUGUGAUCAUUAAGGAUUAAAUAAAUAUGCUUGUUUAAACAUAAAGACUUAACCAUGUAUUUGGAUAAAAAAUAAUGAUUAAGAUUUUGAGCAUUGUGAAGAGAGAAUACCAGAAGGAUAUUGUGAAGAAUAAAAUGGAAAUGAGAAAUUAAAUGUGAGUGUAAAUGCUAUUUUAUGUAGUAUGGUAUAAGAAAAUGAUCCUUGUUCAUAUGAUUCUAGUAAAUAGAAGUGUAAAAAACCAGAUGAUAAUUUAACAUAUUGUGAUGUAGAAGGAAUUAAUGUUUAUGGAUGUGUAUAAAUAAAAAAUUGCUACUAUUAGAAUCAAAAAUGCUAAUUAUUUGAUCCAAAUUUAAAUUUAACAUGCAAAGAUGUUCAAUUUGCUAAUGAAUUAGUUUGUUCUUAAAUUAAAAAUGAUGGAUGUAAACAUAAUUUAUUAGAAUUUGGAUGUAUUCAAUCUUCUAUUUUAGAUUCCUGUUCUACUUCAGGAAUAAAUAUGAAUGGAUGUAAUUCAAAUGAAUAAUGUUAAUGGAAUAAUGAAAAAUGUUAAUGCAAAAUGUUAUUAGAUUUAUAUAAAGAUUGCUCAGAACAUAUUGAUUAUCUAAAUUGUAUUAAUUCUGAUAAAUGUUAUUUUGAAUAAACUAUGUUUAUUGAGAAUUUAGGUAUUUGUAAAGAAAAGUAGUGUAAUGAUAAUAAUUUAUGCAAUUAUGAAUUAUAUAAAGGAAAGAUCUGUUAUUAGAAUUUUAAUGGAUAAUGUAUUGAAGCUACUUCAUGUGAUUAAAUUAAAGGUCCUUCAAUAAAUUGUUCUAUAUUUUCUUUUAAUGAUUUAUAAUGUGUAAGUGAUGGUAAUGAUGGUUGUAUUCAAUUUUAAAGUUGUGAAAAUUUAAGUAGAAUAUAAUGUAUCAAUUAUAGUGAUUAUUGUAUCUUACUCAAUUCAUGCAUUACAAAAUAAUGUCAUCAUAUUUCUGAUUAAUAUUAAUGUAUUAAUUUUGAUUGUGCUUGGAUCAAUAAAUAAUGUAUCAAUUAAAUUUAAUGUUCUGAAAUUUUAUAAGAAAAAGAUUGCAAUAACAAUUAAUAUUAAGGUGUAUAAUGUACUUGGAAUUUAGUAAAAAAUGAUAAUAUUGAUACUUAAAUUUGUACUUCAGAGGGUUGUAAUUUUCUCCAUAAAAAUAGUUCUUGUCAAGGAACUUAAAUUGGAUAGUCAGUUUGUCUAUAAACUUAAGAUUUAAUCUGUCUUUCAUGUGAAUAAAUUUCAGAUAUCUGUGAAUGUAUGGAAAAAGUAGAAUAUUGCACUUAUAAUAUUUAAAAAAAUAGAUGUAUUUCUCAACCAUGUUAAAACUAUAAUAAAUAGUCUUGCCCUAAAAAUAGAUGCUAUUUUUAUGAAUAACACUAAGUAGAAUAUAAUUAUAAAUUAUUAGAUUUGCAUUCCUUAAUGUUAGUUUCAAUCUUCUAAAACUUAGUGUUAAAAAUUAACUUUAUGUAUUUGGGAUGAGUAUCAAAGACCUCCAUGCAUAGAUACAUAAUAUGUUAAAGAUAAUGUUUUGACAAAUAUUUUAGUUGAUAAAGCAUUAGAUAGAGUACUAACCUUAAUUCCAUUUUUUUUAUUGCUAUAGCUUUGA